CCUCCCUACAGUUUGAAAUAAGAUGAUCAAAUAUCUUUUUAAAGGUUUUAUUGCAUACUUUGAUUGAUUUUAUUAAUAAGCAUAAUUCUGGUCACCAAGUUUCUAUUCACUUCAUUCUGCCUACAUAUUGUUUGUUUGCAUUAUAUAUUCUUCAAGGAUCAUCCCGAGAUAAGUGCUACAAGUUUUUGCUCGAUGGUUACUUUGUCGGAUUCAUCCACCCAAUGUUUUUGGAUUGGUUAUUGAAAUAUGCAAAUGUUUUUGUGAAGAUUUCUCAUCCGCAACACGGUGAUCAUUGUAUUACAGUGCAUCAGGCCAUGAUAAAUGUGAAUGACCGCAGCAAUGCAGUGGCAGAAGUGAUGCAAGAUUUGCGGACCACAAGUCCUUUCAAGGCUCUAAAAGGAUGGAGAAACGAGGUGAGUUAUUUGUUCCAGAUGCUCUUGUUGCUCUUUUUUAAUUUUAUAGGCCUGAGAUACCUCAGAAAGAUUGAACAAAUAUUUCAGAACAAUUAUAGUCUUCGUCUAUUCUUAGUAUGACCUGAGGUUUCCUAUGGUGAUCCCAUUUUAUUUUAAUCACCAGACCUUUAUAAGGACUAUGGCGUUUACGUUCAUAACCGUGAAAAAGUAUUAUUAAAAAUUGAACGUUCAGCAUCGAGUCUUCUGGGUAUUACACGAUAUGGUGUACAUGUAAAUGGUUUCUUCUCAAAUCGAUACAACUACUCUAGAAAGUCUGAUCGAAUCGUUAAUGGCAGCUCACGUAAUUCCAACGAUUCUAAUUCACUCGCUCAAAUUGGUCCGGACAAUGUUUUUAUGUGGCUCGGUUUACGAUCAAUAAACAAACCUACAUCUCCUGGAAUGCUCGAUAAUAUGGCUGCUGGAGGUUUAACAUAUGGUCUAGAUGUAAUGGAAUGUGCUCGUAAAGAGUGUCAAGAGGAAGCAAGUGUACCAGAGCAUAUGCUUGGUAAACUAACCCUUGUAAAUCAAAUCAGUUAUAUUUUUGAAGAUGAGCGCGGUGUUUGCCCACAAAUUGAAUAUUGUUUCGAUCUGGAAUUACCGCCAGAUUUUAUCCCUGUUAGCUCUGAUGGUGAAGUGGAUAGUUUCCGAUUAGCCAGUAUAUCAGAGAUCAAACAACUAAUAUUUGACGAACACUUCAAAUCAAAUUCUGCUAUGGUUGCCUUGGAUUUUUUGUACAGACAUAAAUUUAUCGAUAAAGACUCAGGUACGUAUUAUUUUCUCUCUUUUUACAUCUAUCCAAUCCUAAUUAAUCUUAAACAGCGUAGAAUCCGGUAUAAAUAUGUAUCAGCCUUAACAUAACUAUAAUAAGAUGAGAAGCAGAUUAAUAGAAAUCUUAGUACCAAUUUCAAGUGGAAUGCUGAUAUUUCACAAAGGAAUGAACAAGAUCUGAGAGUGCAAAAUAAAGAAUGAUCGCAAGGUAUAAAUAUCACUAUGAUCAUUUUAAGCUAUCUCAUCUAGUGUCUUUAACGAUAAAUUAUAUCUACUCUCUUCCCACAAUAUAGAGUUUUGAAUAUUGAAGCUUCUGGCAGACAAUUUAAAAGGUAGAUUAAGAGAUUAAACAGGAUAUUUCUCAUGUUGAAAUUUAUAACAUUAGUUACAUAUAAUAAAAAGCACGCGAUAAAAAUAGCAGGGAAUUUGAAAAAAGAGAUAAAACCGCAAGCAUUAUAUGCAGAGAUGAUGGUAGCUAGCAGUGGAAUCCAGGACACACGUUUCGUCCAAUCUCUGACUCUUCAGCUGGUUGUACUUGCAUCUCAGAGUUUAUGUUUACUCCGGGACUCGAACCCAUUACCGUUUGUCUCAAACGCUGUCGCGUUAUCCACUUAGCUACUGAGUCCUGAUAGCCACUAGCUUGUACAAUGGAGUGAAGCUUACUUCAUUUUCGUAUUGAUUGUUUAAAUCAUCUUACUGAAUUUCAAGGCUGAAAUUGACCAGUCUCUUAUAAUCCUUGUAACUUAAGGCAAUAUCGAGGUAGUCUUCACAGGAUGGGCAUAUAUCAAUAAGAGGCUGAUCAAUUCUAGUCCUGAACAUCAAUGGGAAGAUUCAAAUGACCGAUAUAAAAAUGAACUAAUAGAUAAAACUGUUAAAAAAUUCACAAUAUUACUGUAAAUGAUGAUAUAUACAGUUGUUCGAUUGUUGAUUAGAAAAAGGUCGAAAUUCAUUGGGUCUAUAUUUCAUUGUUUUUCUUGUUGUCAUUACAUAUUACAUUAGUAGAUCACAUUUUGAAUUCUAUAAACAUAGAGAGCGACUGUCACUUAAACAUAUUUUAGAAAUUUGAACAACUCACCUUCAUCUAAACACUAAUAAGAUAUUCAAUUUACUAUGUAUGUAUAUUUGUAACUGAAAUCAAAUUGAAGCUUUUGUACUGUUUUGAUUCAGUAAAUAAAAAAACUAUAUCACUCUGGUGUAUUAAUUUUCUUAUAGUUCUAUUAUCAAAUACUUCUAUAAGCCUGUUUGAUAUAAGAAACUUAGUAUUUUUUGCCAAUAAAAUUGGAAUUUGUCAAAUUUAAGAUGUGGCUCUAGGAUUCUCUUACACCGAACCUGUUCAUAAUUUCACAUGAUAUUUGUGCAACGUUGAGAUUAGUUGUAGUUCAUUUAUGCUCUCCAUACCCUGCCUUAUUUAUCAUCUAUGUUUGUCAGAAACAAGAUUCAAUAACUUAUGUUCACUCGCUUCGUAUGACUGAUAAUUAUCAAACUUGGGUUUUUAAGUUAAAGACAUAACUCCUCAUGGAUUUGAUCAGUAGGACUUACGGGCUUCAAGCAUAUAUUAUUAAGUCAGUCAAUCGUGGACAGAUUAGAACGUUGAACGAAUGAGUAUCAAAAGUUGUUACUCUACUCAGAUGUCAGUAUAUGAAGAUGUAAAUAACGAAAUGGUAAGGAUGUUUAAAGUACACUAUGCAUCUUGGUUUUUUGAUUUCUAUUUGAAACAGUUACGAGGACUAUCGCUUUCUUUGUUUGACUCGUAAAAACGGAUGUCAGUACGAGUUGUUACAUUUUUAAAUAAAAAACCUAUUAUGAACAUUGUUAAAUCCUUGAAAAAAGCCUAAGUUCGAUGUUGUAACCUAUAAGUGAAAUGACUAAUAAUACUUUUCAGUAGUUUUAGUAUUCUUUAGUUUUCAGUUUAUCUGUUUACUGUAUAAUAUAAGAAACAUAUGUCGGUUGUUUUUUCAUCAUAUAAUGG